GGUGUUAUGUUGAGAAUGUCUAUAUCUUAGACUGACUGCAUUUAGGUUUAUGUUACGUGUUUAUGUUCAGUGUUUUUAUUCUUGGUUAAUAUCGCUAUGAAUAUUCACCGUGCUCCUAGUUUUGAGGCUUAAUUUUUUAAAAUCAAAUUUGGAGCUGAACAGCAUUAUAAGGUGCCAGUCAGAAGUAAUCGAUUUUACCGGAAGUAAUUAUACGUUGACAGUCUGUGUUUACUUAGGGGCGAUGUGUGACACGGAUAACUGUUCCAGUACAGAAAGGGAAUAUCGGACCUGCUGACUGCUGCGACUGCACUGUUGUACAAUGCGCAAUGGAAACUUUUGUUGUGUUUGUGUUGUUUUCUGGCUUUUUAAUACUCAACACAGCACAAGGCAAGGCAGUUUGUGAAAGGUUUGCUGUUCGAAAGAGGAACGAGCUAGCCUAGUACUAGUAGUUCGUUCGUCCGCAAUAAAUAAUAAUAAUAAUAACAACAAAAUAGGCAGAAUGAUUUCCCAGGUGUUUAUCUUGUCAUCAAAAGGCGAUCACCUAAUCUAUAAAGACUUUCGUGGAGAGGCUAAAAGUGAUGUUGUCAACGUGUUCUAUCAGAUGGUAACCGAUUUACCUGCAGAUCAGCCUCCUGUUCUCAUGACGCAUGAGGGUCUACACUUCAUUCACGUGCGACAGGGAGGACUGUACUGCGUCGCUACAACCACCGCCAAUGUCUCCCCCUUCACCAUCAUAGAGUUCCUCAACAGGCUGACAGCUCUCAUUAAGGACUACUGUGGCAGCCUCUCCGAGAAGUCAGUCAGGAUGAACUUUGCCCUUAUAUAUGAGAUGCUGGAUGAAAUGCUAGACUAUGGCUAUAUCCAGACCACUUCCACAGACAUUCUAAAGAACUUCAUCCAGACGGAGGCAGUCAGCUCUAAACCCUUCAGCCUGUUUGACCUCAGAAGUGUGGGGCUGUUUGGUGCAGAAACCCAGCAGAGUAAAGUAGCCCCAAGUGCAGCUGCCAGCCGCCCUAUAAUGUCCAGCCGUGGAGAUCAGGAAGGCAAGAACGAGAUAUUUGUAGAUGUGGUCGAGUGCCUGACGGUGGUCAUCGGCUCUAAUGGAGUGUUGAUGAAGGCAGAUAUUCAGGGGGAGAUCAGGGUCAAGUGCUACUUGCCUAGCUGUUCAGAGAUGAGAAUUGGGCUGAACGAGGAGCUCAGCAUAGGGAAAUCCCAGCUACGAGGCUAUGGGGCUGCAGUGCGUAUAGAUGAGUGCAGUUUUCACCAGGCUGUCCGUCUUGACGAGUUUGAGAGUUACAGGAUCCUGAAAAUCUGUCCCAGUCAGGGGGAGCAAACAGUGAUGCAGUACCAGCUGUGUGAUGACCUCCCCUCUGCCCCACCCUUCCGUCUCUUUCCCACUGUUGAGAGGGACAGUGGUGACAGGCUGUUAAUUUACCUGAAAAUGAGGUGUGAUCUCCCACCAAAAAGUUAUGCUGUAAAUGUCUCAGUGACCAUACCGGUACCAAAGGGCUCAGUAAGCCUGUCUCAAGAGCUGAGUAGUCCGGACCAGAGUGCAGAGCUACAGCCCAGUUGCAAGGUGAUUCAAUGGGAGAUCCCUCGCUUCCCUGGUGGUGCCCAACUCUCUGCCCUGUUCAAGGUGGAGGUCCCUGGUUUGAGUGCUGCCUCACUGCUAGAAGUAGGCCCAGUCUGUAUGUCCUUUGAGCUGCCAAAACACACCUGUACAGGCCUACAGAUUCGUUUCCUUCGCCUUUCUCCAGCUCAGCCUGGUCCAUCACAGCGUUGGGUUCGCUACUUGACCCACUCAGACUCAUAUACCAUACGCAUCUGAUAACGCAUAGACGCUACUGUAUAGUCCUGUGUCUGACACUUUAAAAGAUUCUGUAAUGCAGAUAUAUAUAGGGACAGCAGGUAGUGUAUACAUAGACAUAGACCUGUAACCUGAGGUUUGCUGUUACAAGUCCCACAUCCCUAUAUUGAUAUAGCACCUUUGAGCAAAGUAAAGUGAAAAUACCCAGCUGCAUAGAUGGCUGAAACACUGCUGACAUGUUGGAUUAAAGUGUACUCUAAGCAGUAAUCGCUGAUGGUGAUGAGGAAGAAUAUCUGAACCUUUUUACUCCCUGUUGAUUGAGAGGGAAAUUAUCGAACUCCUGAUGGAGUCUUUAGAGUUCAGUUUCCUGUCCUUUGAGGGAAGUUUACCUGAUUUGAACUAUGGACUCAUUACCUUCCACUUGUCGAUUCAGUUUUGUUCCUCUACUCAAGGGCCAGUUUUAACACCCUCUCAGCCAAAUGAGUUUGUGCACUGACUCCAAAGACAAUGCCUGAUCCCCAUGGACCCACUGAAGCUUUUCUCCACAACUGUUAACUUGGUUCUAAUAUAUUAUGUACUUUAAUCAAUGAGAUGAAAAUUAUACAUUGUUACCUGCUGUCCUAAAUAAAAUAUGAAUUUGUUAAAAUAAAAAAAAAAAAAAAAAAAAAAGAAAGUACCAAACUGAAUGCUGCUGUGUACAAAUGGUAGUUUCUGUUCUGAUGCCAUACUGCCCUCACAUCAUGUUCUAGUACUACUCAGGGUAUCUUCUGAAGCACACAGUGAAUGCAUUGUGUAAAACUGAGCUUGUGGGUUUGAGGCACCUCGGGUAUUAUUCAGGAGAAUGGUUGAAAUGCACUGCUGGCCCGUGAUACACACUUCCACUGUGAGUCAUCUGCCUUCUCAGUUUGUUUUAUAGUAGCUGGUGUUUACACCAUAC